AUGCUGCGGUCUGCAAUCAGUAAUUGGAGGGAAUAUUUAACACCUAUAUCACAUAAGUCCAAUUUUCUAUCAAAAGGACAAAUUACUCCAGAAGAAUUUGUGCAAGCUGGAGAUUAUUUGGUCCAUAUGUUUCCAACAUGGAAAUGGAACGGAGUUGAAAACUUAGAUAAUGUCAAUUGUCGUGAUUUUUUACCUUCCGGAAAACAAUUCUUGGUUUGUAGAAAAGUUCCAUGUUCUUUGAGGGCUAAUGAUUUUUUUAAUUUACAUGAUGCUUUCGAUGAUGCUUUUGAUGAAGAUGAUUUUCAAAUGCUUAAAAAUGAUGAUAUAAAUAAUAAUAAUAAUAAUAAUAAUAAUAAUAAUAAUAAUAAUAAUAAUAGUCGGCAAGAUGUUCAAGCAUCAGAUUCAAAGAUAGGUAAAGAUGAAAAUUCUAUAGAUGUUGACGAUAUUGAUGAUCUGAUUGAUAAUAUGCAUAUUAAAGAAGUUGAUGAAGACAGUAAGCUGGGAAAAUUUUUUAUACAGGAUGAAGAUGAAGAUGAGAUAAUAAUUACAAGUGAUCCAAAGAUACGAUAUUAUGACCUUUACAUUACAUAUUCUACUUCUUAUAGAGUCCCAAAGAUGUACAUUGUAGGGUUCAAUGUUGAAGGUAAACCGUUGACAUCAAAGGAGAUGUUUGAAGAUAUUACCACUGAAUAUAGAGAUAAAACAGUUACUAUAGAAAAAUUGCCUUUUUUUAAGACUCCUGUUACUUCAAUUUCAAUACAUCCAUGCAAACAUGCAAACGUCAUGAAAAUUCUGUUAGAAAAAGUACGUUUAGUAAAAAAACGUAGACGUGAACAGAUUAAGAAACAAGAGGAGACUCUUUUAACGUCGAAUGAUAACGAUAUUAAUGAUUGGGAGGACUUACAUGAUGAUAUUUCUGAUUCUCUACAGGUUGAUCAAUAUUUGAUUGUGUUUUUGAAAUUUAUAACAAGUAUAACACCCUCUAUCGAACAUGACUAUACCAUGGAAGGUUGGUAA